AUGACUAUAAGAUUGAUGAAAAAUAUCAAAAGGCAGUAUAGGAUAUUUUAUUUAUCAAAGAAACAUAUAGCAACUGAAUCCAUAGUAAAAAACAGCUUUUUAACAAAAGAAUAUUAUGAAGAAAAUAAAAAAAAAAAAGUUGAUCUCUUUGAUUUUGUACCCCCAGAAAAUUUCUUAUCUUCUUAUUUUCAAAAAUUAGAUAAAUGCUACUCAAACCCAAGAUCUAUAUUACGGUUGUAUAAGGACUACAUUGAGAGAGAGGAUUACCCAAACUAUAAUUGGAUAGUUCGAUGUUUUUGUCAACUUGCAAAUGUCUUUGGCUUCAAUUCCUUUUGGAGUACAAAAGAUAAACAAGCUUUACAUGAACUUAAACUAUUCAAAUAUUUAAUAUAUGAUUUAGUUGAAGGGAAAGAAUAUAUAAAAGAGAGACAUUGCCCAAGACUAUUAUAUGCUAUGUGUUGUCUAGAUUAUCGAUGUUAUUUUUUACUUCCAUCUAUUUUAGAAAUAAUAGAAAAAAAUAUUGAUAGAUAUAGAAUACCGACAUUAUGUAUGAUAAGUUUUUCUUUAUCUUACUUAGGGUUAAUAAAUAAAGAUAUUCAAUUUGGGUCUGAAAAUCAUUUAUCAAGAAAUUACAAUACAAUUAUAAAAAUUUUACAAAAUAUAUAUGAACGAAAAAAUGAAGCCUUAAAUGAUACUACUAAUUUUUGUUGGGCUUUAUUAGGAUAUGUUAUAGUAAUAAAUAAUUUAUAUGAAUUUCCUAAAAAUGGUAUAAGUUUUUUACCUGAAAUUUUGAGAAAUGCAUGUAACGGUUUAACAAAAGAAAAUAUUUCAGAAUCUGGUUGGGUUCAAUAUUUUCUUUAUAUAACUUUAUAUUGUUGUGAUGUUGAAAAACCGAUAAAUGAAUCCGAAAUAAAACAAAGUAUUCCAUAUUUUAUACAAGAAUAUCUGCAUCUAAAAUGGCUAGAUAAUAUACUUAUUACAUCUCAAAAUCAAGGGUCAGAAAAAAUGCAAUUAGAAGUAGAAAAUAUUAUACAAAAAUUACAAUUAAAAAACUUUUUUAUUAAUUUAUCAGUUGGAAGACCAAUAGAUGAACAACAUUGUUUUUUUACUUCACAUUUUUAUAAACCUUUAAAUUUAUGUAUCGAAUAUGAUUACUUUCAUCCGAUAGGAUUAAACAGACCAUUGGUUAGUGGGAUACUAACAUUAAAAAAUCGGAUCUUUAAAAAAUUUAAUUUGAAUGUUGUUAAUAUACAUAAAUGUUAUUGGGAUCUUUUGAAAGAUGAACAAAAAGAACAACAGUUAAUUAAAAUUAUUGAAACAUUUCAAACAAAACAUAAUAAAGAAAAUAAUUCAGAAACUGAAUUAUAUAAAGAGAAAAAAUUUGAUUCAAAUUUACUUCACUUAAAACAUAAAAGAGUUAAAUUUCAUAACUGGCCUCCUGAGCAUAUCACAAUUUAA